GUGUCAAUGUGUCAAGUUAACAUGAAGUUAACCUCUUCAAAUUUUUUAUUUUCUGCCAAUGUGUCUUUAAAAUUGCUUUAAAAUCAGAAGUCCUGUUGGGUUAGAGGUCUUUGGUCCUGAUAAAGUCGAAAGAGGGAUAAUUUGCUUUAUAAAAUGCCCAAAAAGAAAACGGGACAACGAAAAAAGGCUGAAAAGCAAAGGCUCAGACAGAAAGAAAUAAGAACUGCAAAGGAGAAUGUACAGCUCGCUCAGCACCCUUGCAAUUCUGCGAUGGAAUGCGAAAAAUGUCACAGAAAACAAAAAUCUAGAGCCUUCUGCUACUUCUGCCAAAGCGUACAAAGAUUACCAGUGUGUGCCCAAUGUGGUAAAAUGAAAUGUAUGUUAAAAACUGGGGAUUGUGUAAUAAAACAUGCAGGAAUAUACACGACCGGAAUGAACAUGGUGGGAGCAAUAUGCGAUUUUUGUGAAGCGUGGGUGUGUCACGGUAGAAAGUGUCUUCAAACACAUGCUUGCACAUGUCCUCUUCAAGAUGCAACAUGUAUAGAAUGUGAACGAGGUGUUUGGGAUCAUGGAGGCAGACUUUUUAAAUGUUCAUUUUGUGACGGAUUUUUGUGUGAAGAUGAUCAAUUUGAACAUCAAGCUUCCUGUCAAGUACUCGAGUCUGAGAAUUAUAAAUGUCAGUCUUGUAAUAAACUAGGCCAGUACUCUUGUUUGAGAUGUAAAGUGUGCUACUGUGAAGAUCAUGUUAGAAGAAAAGGCUUUAAAUAUGAAAAGAACAAGGCUAUUCCUUGUCCUAAAUGUAGUUAUGAAACAUCCCAAACUAAGGAUCUUAGCAUGUCUACAAGAAGUCAUAAAUUUGGAAGACAAGGACAAGCAACGUAUAAUGACUAUGAAGAUGAUGACAAUACAUAUGAUCAUGAUACAGGCGAAGCUGAUACUAGUUAUAACUAUGACGAAUCAUAUUCAAAUGAUGAUACUGAUUCUGAUGAAGAUGAAAGUGAAAGUGAAGAAGAUGGCUCUGAUGAUAGUCCAAACGAAGAUUACACUGAAAAUGAUGUCAGUACGAAAACAAAGUAAAUGGGUAUUUUAAAAAUUUAUAUUGUAUACAUUAUUUUGAUGCUACCUUAGUUUUUUUUUAGAAAAAUUGAGAUGUAUGUGAAUGUAAGAUGAUAUAAUUAAUAUACAUAAUAAAACCUCUGAA